AUGCUGAGCCAGCGAUUGGUGCGAGCAGCCGGCGCGGCGACCCCGCGUUCCGCGCUGCGAGCAUUCAGCUCCACGAGCCAGCAGCUUAAGGUGCCCUCUAUGGCCGACGUCAGCGCCGCGCCCAAGAGCGUCGCCUCCUUCAACGACAAAUCGAAGCAGUUCCGAGAGCAGUUGAUCGAGCAGCAGAAACAGCGGGAAGCAAGUGCGUAUACUCAAUCCUCCUCCCCUGCCUCCUCCUUUGAGCCCGCCCAGGACUCAUCCGUGAGUGCUACUUCAGGACAGAAGGCCGAUGCCACCCAGGAGCCUUCGCGCAAGGCCGGUCCAUUGACCAACCUCAUCUACGGCACCAAGGAAGGUCGCGAGCUGGAUGCUCAGCUCGAGGCGAGCUUCAGUCAGGUCCUCGCCCGAGGCAAGUACGUCCACUCGAUCGUCCAGCACGAGGUCAAGCCCGACAAGGUCGAGGAGUACACCAAGCUUGUCGGUAGCUGGUACCCGCGCAUGGCUUCCAUGCCCGAGAAUAAGGUCCACCUGGUGGGAAGCUGGAGAACCGAAGUGGGAGACUGUGAUACGUUUGUCCAUAUUUGGGAGUACCAGCGCUACCAGGGUUACCACGAGUCAAUCCACAAUAUUGGCUCCCACCCCGAGUUCGCCGAGUUUGAUAAGAAGCUUAAGAGCCUCAUCACCUCGAAGAAGACAUCUCUCAUGCAGGAGUUCUCCUUCUGGCCCACCACGCCUCCCCGCCAGCUUGGCGGUAUCUUCGAGCUGCGAUCAUACACUCUACACCCUGGCAACCUCCUCGAGUGGGAGACCCACUGGAGACGCGGCCUCAAGGCCAGACGCGAGGUCAUGGAGGGUGUCGGUGCUUGGUUCGUGCAGAUAGGAGACCUCAACACCGUUCACCACCUAUGGCAGUUCGCCAACCUUGAGGAGCGAAAGAUCCGCCGCGAGAAGAGCUGGAGCGUCGAGGGCUGGAGCGAAACUGUCCACAAGACUGUGCCUCUUAUUCAGAGCAUGAAGUCGAGAAUCUUGAUCCCGAUGCCCUGGUCUCCUGUGGCGUAA